AUGUUAGGUCCUGAAUUUAAUAUCACGCAUCCGUCCAUCUACCGUACCUCCACCGCAAAUCCCAUCAUUUUAGUAAGUGCGCUCUAUUGAGACGUCGUUGUUCUGAUUUUGAUUCGUAAACUGAAGGCCGGUCUCUUCUGCGAAUCGAUCCCUCAUUGGGCGCGCCGAUAUGCCAAACUUCGACCCGAUUACUCAUUCCCAUCGUCUAUGAUCUCUGAUUUUAAAAGUAGAGUUUUAACCACAUUUCAGGCCCAAUAUAUAUGUUCUUUUUUCAGAAAUUUCCCUAUCCACCGCCGAAUUCUACACAGUUAUGGCGUUAGCCGCGCUUUUCACACUGCUCCGCUAUUAUUUGCAGAUACGUUUAGAGGUUUGUGCACAUUGUACAGUUCUACGACGUCUUUUAAGUCUCGAAAUGAUUUUGUGAAAAUUCUUGGCAUCUAGCACUGUCUUUUUGUAGUUCACACUUUUUCGGUACACCCACUCGCUGAAGUAGUGUAGCGCUUGGAAGUUGGGACUGAAAAGCUGGGCGGAAAUCCAUGCCUAAAUACAAAAGGCUACAGUACUCUUCGGAAUGGUUGUGGGAAAAAGUUGUCAAGUACAAAAAUAAAGAUCCGUUUUAGCACUAUAUUUUUGCCAUUGACAAGUUUUUUGUAAACCCAUUCCGAAGAUUACUGUAGCGCUUGGAAGUUGAAGCCAAUUGUAGCUGUGGUUUUUUCCGUCCAAACUUCCAAGCGCUGCAGUACUCCGGGAUGAGGUCGUGAAAAAAAGUUGUCAACUGGAAAAAUAUGGUACUAGAUGUGAACAAUUCACAAAAAAAUUUCCAAACCGAUAAUACAUCGCUGAACUCGACAAUACUCGUUCAACGUUUUACGUUACUUUCACACCGAGUUUCUCGUUUCUCGUUUCAGUCCUGGACCCAAUUGCACAAUAUCUAUCCUCGAUUUGCGCACAAAGUGCCCGAAUCCUUUUGGAAAUUGACCUAUUACGGCACAGUCUGGAUAUUCGCCUUCUAUUUUCACAUGUGCGUCGAGACUCACGACAUUUUCAACGAUCCGCUUUCCAUGUGGAUAGGUACGCGGUUUUUAAGGCCAACUUAGACCAUUUUUUUGCAGAAUGGGAAUCCGGGGAACGGCCUAAAAUGCACUGGCAAGUACAGAUAAUCUACGCGGUCCAAUCGGCGUUCUACAUCCACUCAAUCUACGCGACUCUUUUCAUGGAUUUGUGGAGAAAAGACUCGUGGCUCAUGUUCGUGCACCAUUUCAUCGCGCUCGCCCUCCUCUUCUUGUCCUACGUCGAUAAGUACGUUUUGUCGCCUGCAAAUGACACUAUUUUGAAUGAAAAACGAUCAUUUUCCCGGUUCAGUUUCACCCUGCCCGGCGUCCUUGUUCUCUUCCUUCACGACAAUUCGGACGCGACGCUCGAGAUCACGAAACUGUCGUUCUAUCUGAAAAAGCGGACGAACGGACAGUACUACAAGUACUAUUUUCUGAUGGGCAACGCCUCGUUCAUCCUGUUCGCCAUCAUUUGGGUCAUCUUCCGAUUGUACUGGUACACGUGCAAACUGCUCUACGCCACCGUAUACGGGGCCGUCUAUCUCGGACCACAGGACGCUCCGUUCUUCCCGCUUCUCGGCAUCAUGCUUCUCAUCAUUUUCGCUAUGAAUGUCUAUUGGUUCAAUGUGAGUUUUUAUCGAUUCAUUUACGCCAUAGACGGUAGAAGAGAUUGAUAGUUGCAAGUAGUAGGGAAGACAUUUCGCAACUAGAACAAGAGUAUUCUUACUGCGCCACGGCGACCAAAAGUGUAGAAAGGGGCGUGGCCUAAUCUGAGACGCGUUUUCGGAAAGCUGCCGCAAUUCCAGCAUUUUUCCGAUAUUUUUGUGUUUGGUAUCGGCAAAAGAAGACAUUAAAGAGAGAAAACAUUGAAAUUUUCGUGAAAACGCAGCGUUUGAGACGUUUUUGGCAUCAUUCGCAAUACGCUCUCCGCGGCCAAUCGCCGCCGCAAUUUCGGAAUUUUCAUACCGGCCCAUUUGGAUAGUUUUGAGACGAAGUGAGUGUCGGAAGUGAUUAAGCACACGUUAAUACAAGUAUUUUAAGCGUUCAAACGGCAAAAAGUAUCGGCGAAUGACUGAAAUUCGCGCAUUUUCAGCACAAAACUCAAAAUCGAUUCAAUUAAUUCAUUUCUGAAUGAACCCUGCGCGUUUUAAGCUCAAAAAGUGCGCGAUGAUUAGUUUAACAAAGUUAUUAUGCAAUUAUAUCGUCGAAAUCCUACAAAAUUUGGAUAAUUUGUGACGAAAAACAUGAAAAAUAGGGGGUUAAAUUUCGAAUUUCGCGCCAAAAUGGUGAUAAACCGUGCACGCUAGUCCACGCCCCCAUUUCUAUGUUUUUGGUCGCCGUGACUGCAGUUUAUGAAAAUCGCCCAACUUAUCCCAAAUUCCAUCUCUGUCGUUUGCAGUUCGUCGCGCGCAUGAUUUGGCGAGUGGCGCUGACCGGCGAGGAUCCUGAGGAUAAUCGCGAGUGGGACACGACUGCGGUGAGCGGUCUGAACCAGCAGAAGCUCGACGAGCUGGCCACUGUCAAAUGCCAUCUGAAGCCGAAAAACGUGUAA